CGACCCUCGUCCCUCGUCCCUCGUCCCCUCGACCCGCGCGCCACCCGCUGACCGACGACGGCCUCCUCUUUUUUUUUUCUCCCGCUUCGAAAUCUUCAUUCGAAUGCCCCUCAAUGCGAUCCGCCUGCGCUGCCCUUCGCCUGCCAUCUAAGCCGUGGUGAACGCCCGACCCGCCAGGCCGCAGCGGCUCUGACUUGUCUCCCGCGCAGCGCAACCCCCUCCAUCUCCGCGCCAUCCGCCAUCGCUCUUCACAACCACUGCUGUCGCUACCGUCGCCAUGUCUUUCCGCGGUGACGAUCAACGACGGUACGGCCAUGUGCCUCCCGUGCAGUACCCCAUCGCCGGCCACAGCCGCGGCCAGGAGUACCAGGAUUACCAGCAGCAGCAGCAGCAUCAGCAGCAGCAGCUCGAUCACCACCAGCAGCCCGCCUACGACCCCGGCCGACGUGCCAGCUUCACUGGCGGGGACGAUGCCGCAUACUACGAACAACCUCCGCCCGAGCGCGCUCCCGCCUUCAAUGCCCCGCCCGCCGGCGAGGAUGAGCUCUUCUUAGGGAACCCGGCCGGGUCGCAUUCAUCGGCCGGCCGACCCUCGUACGGCUCCGGCGCACUGUCGGGCUACCAGCAUCAGUUCCAGGAUCCCUCCCCUCCUACACCUUCCCACUCAUACAACCCCCAGAGCUUCGCCCAGCCCUCAAGCAACUUCCAGCGCUCGCAAUCCACGAAUACCGUCCCCUACCACCACCAGCCUCCGACUCGCUUUGCCUCCUCUGCCAGCUCUUACAAUCCCUCGCCCCAGGCUGCCUUCACCCCACAGGCUUACAAUCCUGCCCUGUAUGCGGGCACUGCCGCCGUUCCACAGCGACACCCGACACAUCAUGCAGGCUACAACAACUACGGCCAGGGCUACAACAACAGCGCCUCCUUGGUUUCAGCUUCGCAGAGCUCUGCCGCUUAUGGCCAGUCCACCAACUCCACCUACUCGACGAGUACUUAUGCGCAGUCCUCCGCCUCCCCCUCUCCGGCCAUGUCUCACGGCUUCGAGCAGCCUCUCCAUAGCCCACCCCUUCCCGUUUCCCAGUCGCAAUCCAUGGGGUACGAUCAAUCAUACAGCCAGUAUUCGACCACCGCAUCGAAUGGAGCCGGCUCGUCGGCGCCUUAUCCCACCGAGCCCCAGAUGCCUGUCGGCCCUUACUACGCUGCCAACGACCACAACUCGCUCUACAACAGGUCAUCUCGCUCGAAUUCGCAAACCUCUCCUAUGACAUCUCCUCGGCCACAGGGAUCCCCGGGACUGCAGAGGCACCCGACCAACGCACCGCUGCCGAGCCGACCCGGGGUCAACUUGCCUGAUGAGUCGCAGUGGAACUCGACUGGCCGCCGCACUCAAGAUGACUACAACGACGAGCACGUCACCCAAGAAAGCAUAAUGCAGGAUAUUGAGGCGGAGCUGGGCGGUUCCAACCAACGAUAUCGUCAACUACCCGAGCCCACGUCCAACGGCCAAUACGCCGACGAUGACCUCCGACAAUUACAGCGGUUCGAUUCCGGCGCCACGACGAUUGCCGCCCCCGCGAGCCGAUCAACUUCGGGUCGAACCCGUACCAAUUACGAAUCGGACGACGACGACGACGACCCCGAGGGGACGGCCGGAGUCUUGGCAAUGCAGCAGGCGGAGCUGGAGGACCGACGGUUCAGCAGCAAUGCCUUUGGUUACACCGACAUGCCAGUCGUCUCGAACCCACUGCCUCCCCCCCCCGAAGAACAGGCCCCCAGUAGCGACAGCGACGGCUUUGGCGGAAUGGUGGACCUGGGAAUGCUCAGUGGCGGAUACGCUGGUAACCUGACAUACGGAGACCAGGUCGGAUCCCCUCCUGGCUCGUCUGGCCAUGAGACUGCUCGCCCGCUGCCCACCCCUGGACAGUUCAACCCCGGCUACCAGCACACUGAGAGUGUUCAGGCCUUCAAGACUGUGGAGAUGGAUUAUGGCGGAACAGGGGGGUUGCAGCCGCCCAAUAUCCACCGCCUAAGCUACGACGAGGGCGACGAGGGUGCAUCGCUACACUCGCAACAAAGUGGCACCGAGUCUCCCAGCAAAGACGACUACGGAGACCUCUUCUACCAUCCGGGACUCUCAAACCGACCUCUUCCAGCUCUCCCGCCGGCCCCUGGCUCCGAUAGCAGCUCAAUGCUCUCAGUCCAAACCAACACCCGUCCAGGAUACCACUCGCACUCACGAAGUAUGGAUUCGCGACCUGGCCAACCCGAUACCCCGGAGGCAUAUUACAGCUCCGCAGCUCCCUCCACCCUACAGCCCGAGCGAUCGAUAUCCUUAUCUGGACACUCCCACACUCCCGUUGUGCAAGCGCCCGCACGUUCGAGAACUGACGCUGCAGAUGAGCGGAGGAGGAUGGGUCGACAAAACCAGCAUCUGUCAACCCAGGGCCCCUUGUCCGACUAUGACACCGGUAGCAAUGCCUCGAUAGCAGCCUUUGAUGGCAUCACCCUGCCCAGUGGUCGGAAGAAGAAGUUCGUGCCCUCCAAGCUGAACGCGGCUGACUUCCGGAGGUGCGCCGAGCCAUGGGCUCUCAGCGGCAUCGAAGCCUGGGUUCGAGACAUGGGAGAGGGUGAAUUGGACCUCAAGACCAAGACCAUCGAAGAGGCCCUCAUCAACCUCUUCAUUGGCAAGAUUCCCAUGAUGAAUGUGGCAGAUGCUGAGGUCCUCAGUAACCGAGUCGUGUCUCUCAUGCUCGAGCAGGGCGUUCUCAUGCCUGAGGAAGAAUGGGUUAAAUUUGGAGAUGGCCACAUCUCCGGAGUGUUAUGGCAACUGACCGGCUCAGGAUGCUAUGCGCCCAAACUACACGAGAUCGAGAUUUCUGGCCGAUGCUACUCGUACCACUGUACCCGAACCGUCAAGAAGGUUGACCUUGAAGACCUGAUGCCUCAGGAUGCCAAGCCUGCAGAUGAAUGGCAUGUCUUCUACAAGUUGAAGAAGGAAGACUGGGAGGCGAAGCCAAAGAAGGAAGUUGAGCGCCAGAACAUUCUCCACGAGAUCGUCACUGGUGAAGAGAACUACAUCAAGCAGCUUGACAUCUUUCGCAGGUACUACCGUGAUCAGCUGCGGGUUAUGCACCCGCCUGUUCUCAAGCCUGACAAGAGAGACAAGUUCCUGGAGGCCGUUUUUGGAAAGCUCGACACGGUUCAAGAUAUCAACAAGGACCAUCUGCUAGCCCAACUGAAAUAUCGACAAGGAGAGCAGGGUCCUUGGAUCACUGGAUUCAGUGACGUGUUCCGAGAGUGGAUUCGCAAGGCCAAGUCAAUUUACAUUGAGUAUGCCGCCGCGUACCCACGCGCUGUGUACAUGAUCCGAAGAGAGGCAGAACGCAAUAUUCUUUUCAAGCGAUUCUUGGAAGAGAUGCAAAGGCACAAGGUCACCUCGAAGCAGGACUGGACCCAUUACCUGAUCACGCCCCUGCAGCGUCUCCAGCGUUAUAUCCUCCUCCUGGAGAGCGUCGAGCACAAAAUGAUUGGGGAUAGCGAGGAGAAGGUCAACCUUGUCAAGGCCAUUGGGGAAAUUAAGAUUGUUACGCUGGAAUGUGAUGCCAAGGUGGCAGAGAUGAACAAGCGAGUCGAGAUGAUGGACCUGAACAGAAUGCUCGUCUUGAGACCGGGCUUCCACUCGGUCCUGAACCUCGAUCAUCUGGGCCGAGAGCUGAUUUUCCAGGGCGAACUCCAGAGAAUGGGCUCCAAGGGUGUACGAUGGGUCGAUACGCAUGCACUGCUCUUCGACCACUACUUCAUCCUGGCCAAGGCUGUUAUUCCCAAAGACGGCAAGGGCGAGAAGAAGUUUGAUGUUUCCAAAGAGCCCAUUCCUAUGCCUCUGAUGUUCCUGGAGAGCAUGAAUGACGAGGCAAUCCAGAAACAGAAGGGUAUCACUGCCCCUCUUGGCCGAGCCGCCACCGCCAACACAUCAGGCACCCAACUUAACAAGGUGACGAGUAACAACGGUCGACCUGGCUUGGACCAUGUUGCAACGAGUUCCUCCAUGGGUUCAUCACAUCUCACGCCGACGAACACUAAUGACGCCGAGGGCAAGAUCUUGUAUCCAUUCAAGGUUAAACACCUUGGCCAUGAGGUUUACACUCUCUACGCCUCAUCGGCGAGGGAUCGUGCCGACUGGUGCAACAAGAUUAUCGAGACCAAGACCAGGCACGCCAAGGCACUCUUCUCCCAGAAUGCUGAGCCGUUCCGACUUCGCGUUCUCGCCGAUGCCUCGUUCCAUUACGAUGUUGCGUCUAUGUACGCGAGGUCGGCUGGUGUUCCCGUCAAGGGUACGCCGCUUGACCGAGCUAUUGGGGAGCUCGAGGCCGUCCUUGGCCCAGCCCAGGGAGUUGCCCCGGUGUGCAGGGCUCAGGUGAACUGUGCCGCUGGCUUCACGGCCUUUGGCAAGUCUGUGAUUGCUAUCGGCACAGACUACGGCAUCUACAUCACCGAUCCGGGAAAUCCCCGAGGAUGGCAAAGAACCGUUCAAGCUAACAGAGUGACGCAAAUUGCUGUGCUGGAAGAAUUCUCGGUCUGCGUGGUCGUCGCUGACAAGGCUCUCGUCUCAUAUCCAUUGGAUGUGGUCGCGCCUGUGUCUGAGUUUGCUGCUCCUCUCAACGAUAAUCCCCGACGAGCACCUCAGAGACUUGCCAAGGACGUAACGUACUUUGCCACGGCUAAGAUGAAGGAUCGAAUGUUGCUUUUCUACAAGCGCAAGGAGAACUUGCACACCUCGUUCAAGGUGCUCGAGCCGAUCUUCCACAAGUCUAACGAGAAGAAGUCACGACUCUUUGGUGGACGACGGCCGGGUGGUGGCAACACAGAGACUUUCCGCGAUUUUGACGAGUUCUUCUUCCCCACGGAGUGCUACUCGCUCAGCUUGUUCCAGACCUACAUCGCUGUCUCAACAGCCAAGGGAAUUGAGAUGCUCACUCUGGAUAAGAAGCAGCCGAUGUCUAUCCCGGACCUGAAGGCACCAGCAAUCGCCAACAUUGCCAGUCGCAUUCGAGACCAGAGGCCUCUGGGAAUGUUCAGGCUCAACGAAAACGAAUUUAUUUGCACCUACGAGGACUGCGCCGUGUAUGUGGACAAGCACGGAGACGUCAGCCGCACACUCAUCAUGGAGUACACGGGCAAGCAGAAGAAGGCGCGGGGAGCGACCAUGUACGGCCAAUAUCUGCUGCUCUUCAACGAGGACUAUGUGGAGGUCCGAAACGCGGAGAAUGGACGUUUGCGACAGAUUGUCGCGGGCCGGGAUGUACGCGUGCUCGACUACGGCGUCCGAGGUCCCACGGGUGGGAGCUCACUGAACCCACAGCAGCACAGCAACGGUUUCAUACAGUCAUCGAGCGGCAGUGAGGGUUCCAAGGGGACCGUCAAGAUUGCCAUGUGCCACCCGGAGAUUCCAGGCCGACAGAUCAUCCUGGAGAUGCUUCUGAACGACGGGCACACGGAGAAGUAGACGAGGAAGCACUGGUAAUGAGACCAACGAAUAAAACGUCAAGGUGCACGGGAUGGUGACGAGACAUGGCGUGCGGCUGGAAAGGGUAGUGAUUGAACGGGAUUACGUCUUUGGUGGGACUGACAUGAUGUUUUUUCUC